AUGGACUCCAAGAUGAUCCUCCUCGUGGCUAUUCUUAGCCUCUGUGGUCUUCUAAACACGGCUCAAGCAUACUUCGUCAUCAAUUGCGGUAAACCUGUUGUUUCCGAGCGCGUCGACCCCAUUAGUGAUGCAGGCCGACCAGCUCACCAUGCACACGAUGUGCUUGGCGGUAGCGGUUUCAACUUCACGAUGGACUAUUCCGACACCCAGAGCUCCAAUUGCACCACGUGCAGGGUUACCAAGGACUUGUCCAAUUACUGGUUCCCUAAGAUACAGCACUACGACCCGACUGAUCCCGGCUUCGAGGGCAAACCUUACUUUAACCCCUUUCCGCACGAAUUUCGAAUGAUUGCAGGCGAUUCUCAACGACGAAACUACGACGAGACCAUCCCGGCGCAGCGAGCCAUCCAAUGGGUGUGCAUUGGUGGUGAGAACGAGAACCUGCCCAUGACGGACUCAUGUUGCCUAUCCGUCGAGAAUGGACACUUCGAUGAAUUGCGACAAGAGGGUGAUCAGCCCUAUGUUUUGGCCAAUGGUGAUCCUACUGGCAUGGGCAUGCACGGCGACUUUCUCAACGGAUGGGAUACUGAGGUUCUCGAUCAUGCCAUUAAUGACGAGACAUGUGGAGAUUCGGCGAGCGGUACCAUUGAGAAAUGUGUCCCACUACAGCCAUAUCUUCAAGACGUAGGCCUCGUCCAAUGCAAAAUCAACGAGCGCGUCGAUGAGAAGAUUCACGGCGUCCUUACAAAACUCCCGGGCUGCAACAAGAUCCAGAAUGGGCCGGGCAACGCCACCAUGCAACCGUGUCACAAUGAGCACAAGAAUCAGGGAAGACUAGAGGUUGAACGCGAACGGACACGAUUUUAA